GCUUCUAAAACCAUUUAUCUUCCUUUGCAUAUUGGGUGUGGGCUGUUACCUACGGAGCUUCUGAACGUCUGCCCAAUGUAGGCAGCAGAAGUGCAAAGAACAGAAACAGUUUCUGAAAGCCAAAGCCAGAUGAAAGGGGACAAAAUCCUGAUUUAUUGAACACAAGUUGCAUAACUUUUCCAGUUGGGCUCUGUCUACCGAAGGAGAUGGAAGUGCUGAAUCCACGCAGUGUCCUGGUGACAGGAUCUAACCGGGGCAUUGGCCUGGAGCUGGUGAAGCAACUGGUGGAGAAAAGCGACCCACCAGAAUGGAUCUUUGCCACUUGCCGUGACCCAGAGGGACCUCGUGCAAAGAGCUUGAAGAAUCUGGCUGCCCAACACCAGCACCGAGUAGAAAUCAUCCAGCUUGACACUUCUGAUCCAUCCAGCAUCAAAGCUGCUGCAGCCAAAAUUACCGAAUGUCUACACGGAGCUGGUUUGAAUCUGUUGUUCAACAAUGCUGGAAUAGUAAAGUCAUCCAGUCUGGAAUCAGAGACACCAGAAAACAUGUUAGAGGUGUACAAUACCAAUGUCGUUGGUCCUAUGGUAAUGGGCCAGGUCUUCCUACCUUUGCUGAGGAAGGCAUCCAAGGACAGUCUGCUGAAAGGCAUGAGCUGCAGCAAAGCUGCAAUUGUGAAUAUAUCCAGUGACUGCGGCUCCAUCACGAACCUUCUGGCAUGGGAUAUUGGGCAAAUCCCCAACUAUCGUUGCAGCAAGGCUGCUUUAAACAUGCUCAACCGAUGCCAGUCCCUACAAUAUGCCCAAGACGAGAUCCUGUGUGUUGCAUUGCACCCUGGAUGGCUGCAGACAGAUAUGGGAAGUGGAAACGAAACAUUGAGAGCCCCAACUACAGCUGAGGACGGUGUACAAGAAAUUCUCAAAACACUGGCCCACCUCUCUGAGAAAGAAACUGGCACUUUCGUGAACGUGGAUGGAAAACUGCUUCCUUGGUAAUCCAGCAAUAUUCAAUUACCCUGCCUGUUAAGAAGACCUGAAGAAGAUCCCUGAAGACUGACCACAAUAAAAGUUUGAUUUGUAACUUUCCUUAAAAACCUUAAAACCUUGGCUCUGCUAACUGGUUUUGGGCCCCGAUGGGGGUCUUUAAAGCUGGAGCAGUAAGAGAGAAGAUCCCACCUCGUAUACCUGGUUAUUCGUUUUAUAUAAUACCUGUUACCUGUUAAUGUUUUUAUAUUUCUGCUUUUAUUGUAUUCCAAGCUGCCCCAGAAUCCCUUUGGCUAAUGAGAUGGGUGGCGUAUGCAGGUAGUCCUCAACUUACAACAGUUCAUUUAAUGACCAUUUGAAGUUACUACAGGAUUUAUGACCGUUUUUCACACUUACCAUUGCAACAUCCCCAUCGUCACAUGAUCAAAAUUCAGGCGGUUGGCAACUGACUCGUAUUUAUGACGGUUGCAGUGUCCUGGGGUCUCGUGAUCCCCUCGUGAGCUUCUGACAAGCAAAGUCAAGAGGGAAGCCAGAUUCACUUAACUGACUUAACAACUGCAGUGGUUCAUUUAAGAACCGUGGCAAGAAGAGUCGCAAAAUGCGGCAAAAUUCCCUCGACAUCUGUCUCGCUUAGCAACAGAAAUGUUGGGCUCAAUUGUGGACGUAAGUCAAGGACUACCUGUAAAUUGAAUAAAUAAAUACAUUAAAUUAAACAUAAAGGGGGGAGAUAUAAGAAUGGCAUCUGAAGGUAAACCAUCAUGUUUUCUGGAUAACGGAAAGUGAAUUAUUAACCUGGUCCAAAACUAGCGGUUUAUAUGACUCAAGAAAGCCGACUGGCUACAGCAGUGAUGGCUAACCUUUUUGCCGUCACAUGCCAAAAGUGGAGGGAGCGGGGGGGGUUGUGCAUGCGCAUGCCCAUAAUUCAAUGCGCCCCGCCCCCACGCAUGCACAUGCGACCCCCCCCUGCACUCCCCCCGCUUUUGGCACACAAUGGCACGAUGGGCCUGUUAGGCCCAUUUUUUACCCUCCCCAGGCUCCAGAGCCUUUCUACGAGCCUGGGGAAGGCGAAAACGGCCUUCCCCACACACCCCGGAGGCCCUCUGGAGGCCGGAAACAGCCCGUUUCCCGACUUCCGGUGGGCCCAGAAGGCCCGAAAAUCAGCUGGCCGGCACAUGAAUGCACUCCGGAGCUGAGCUAGGGCAAUGCUCGCAUGCCCACCAAUAUGACUCUGCAUGCCACCUGUGGCACGCGUGCCAUAGGUUUGCCAUCACGGGGCUAGAGAUUUAGGAUGGACGAAAAAGAAGUAUUUUACAGCCCUAACUUGCAACAAAUAUCAGUUUCCCUUGAAUGAAACUAUUGCUGACUGCGAUUUAAAGAACGGCUCACACAAUUGGUGACUUGUGGUUUUAAACCACAACUCGUAUACUCGUGUCACCUGUGCAGUUUCACAACCAGGAUUCUAAAUGUAUUUUUUAAAAGAAAGGUGAUCAAAUUUAGAAUAUCUGCUACUGAACUAAUCUCAAGUUUCUCUGCUUGAGAAGGAAUCCCUUUAUCAAAUAAGAACUACCCUGUUUCCCCUAAAAUAAGACAUCCCCUGAUAAUAAAUGCCCAAUUGGGCUUUUGAGUGCAUGGCAAUAAGGUCAAGAGCUUAUUUCAGGGUUCAAAAAAAUAUAAGACAAGGUGCCAGCCUCCGCUCUUUCAACGCUUGCUUGCUCGGCUGCCAUGGAAACGGAGGGGAGGGGGAGUUAGGAGAGCUUGGGGGGGAAGCAUGCUGGAGGGGAAAAUGAAAGUGAAUCUUAGCUGUAGUCUUUUCUUUUCUUUCUUUCUUUUUUUUAAAUUUGAUUUAUAUGCCGCCCUUCUCCGGAGACUCAGGGCGGCUUACAAUGUGUUAAGCAAUCGCCUUCAUACUUUUGUAUAUUUAUACAAAGUCAGCUUAUUGCCCCCAAAAACUGGGUCCUCAUUUAACCUACCUUGGAAAGGAUGGAAGGCUGAGUCAACCUUGAGCCUGGUAAGAUUCGAACCUGCAGAAAUUGCAGGCAGCUGUGUUAAUAACAGGGUGCAUUAAACCACUGUACUACCAAGGCUCUGUUUGAAGUUUUCUUUGAAGUUGAUAUCAGGUCAACAGUCGUGGCAUUCCAAGAUGAUGACGCUGCCAGACAUGUGCUUCCACCUGAUCCUUAGAAGACCUUUGGAUUGGAUGAUUUACGCUGGACAGUUGGGAGGGGAUGCUUUCUAUAUGGGAUUUUCACGCCUAUGCCUCAGAUCUUGCUUUUCAUUGGUUGCAUUCAGUUCAAUUUCAGUAAAAGUACCUUUAUCUAUGAAAA